UCCUGAGGCGACAGAUUCCGGAAAGGGGAGAGUAGCCAACAUGGCGGCGGAGCGCGGCGCGGGGCAGCAACAGUCGCAGGAGAUGAUGGAGGUUGACAGGAGGGUCGAAUCUGAAGAAUCAGGCGAUGAGGACGGGAAGAAGCACAGCAGCGGCAUCGUGGCAGACCUCAGCCAACAGAGCCUGAAGGAUGGGGAGGCGCAGGGGGAGGACAACCCAGAAGAGGAACCUGAGCUGCCUGUGGAUAUGGAAACUAUUAGCCUGGACAGAGAUGCAGAGGAUGUUGAUCUCAAUCACUAUCGCAUUGGGAAAAUCGAAGGGUUUGAAGUGCUGAAGAAAGUGAAGACUCUGUGCCUCCGUCAAAAUUUAAUUAAAUGCAUUGAGAACCUGGAGGAGCUACAGAGUCUUCGAGAGCUGGAUCUUUAUGACAACCAGAUCAAGAAGAUUGAGAAUCUGGAGGCGCUGACAGAGUUGGAGAUUCUAGAUAUUUCUUUUAAUCUUCUGAGAAACAUUGAAGGAAUUGACAAGUUGACGCAACUGAAAAAACUCUUCUUGGUCAACAAUAAAAUCAGUAAAAUUGAGAACAUAAGCAACUUACAUCAACUGCAGAUGCUAGAGCUGGGAUCUAAUCGCAUCCGGAACAAACUCACGAUGUUGGACAUCGCGUCAAAUAGAAUCAAAAAGAUUGAAAAUGUCAGCCAUCUAACAGAGCUGCAAGAGUUCUGGAUGAAUGACAAUCUCCUCGAGAGCUGGAGUGACCUCGAUGAGCUGAAGGGAGCCAGGAGCCUGGAGACUGUGUACCUGGAGCAGAACCCCCUGCAGAAGGACCCGCAGUACAGGCGGAAGGUCAUGCUGGCCCUGCCCUCUGUGCGGCAGAUCGACGCCACAUACGUCAGGUUCUGAGUCCCCCCCUCCUCACCUGGUCCCUCUCCUCAAAAGAACUUCCAGCUACGGUUUUUUAAUGCAGCUGUUGCUCCUGAAGUCGUCACUCUAUUAACAGUCACAAACCCCAUGGCAAUAAAAAGGCACUGACACUAGCUAAUGUGUGUGACGCCACUCACCACCUGAGAGGCCAUUGCUAUUAAAUCUUGCCACAGUC